GAGGCAAUUAUAUGCUGGUCCUUGAAGAAAAAAAAGGGUCUGCAGGCUAGCUGCACUAACCACCACACACAGAUCAACAGGCAGUGUCAGCAUGCAAGACUUCUUGCUACUAGCUUGUCAGUGCCAUGCAUACAUACAUACUGCCAUGUAGGAUGUAUUUUUAAUCUUCAGGUUGUUCAGCUCGCCUGCCACCUCAAGAAGCUCGAGAGCAACAAGACAACCGCACAUAGAGAAGAGCAAGCAGAAGCAGCCACUACUACUGAUCCACUGAUCCUAAUACAAAAUCCAGGCGACUCCAAAAGAGAUCCACCCUGAUGGCUCCUCGCUACAUCAGCAGCAGAAGCAGCCAAAUCAUUGCCUCCUUUGUUUCCUUCCUCCUCCUCCUCGUCCGCUUCUCCUCCUUCCCCACCUCGGCCUCGGCCUCCGCGACGAGGCUGCGCGAAGGCAGCAGCAAUGGGACGGAGGUGCCGUUCCGCUCGGGCGUGGAGCUGCGCACGCUCCGGAGGUUCAAAGUCCAGCUUGCCAAGGCCAGGAAUGCCUCCGUCAAGACGAUCCAGAGUCCGGAUGGCGAUGUCAUAGACUGCGUGCCCACUCACCUGCAGCCCGCGUUUGAGCAUCCCAAGCUGAGAGGGCAGAAGCCGGAGGAUGCGCCUGCUGAGCGGCCAAGGACCACUACUGUUCAUGGCGAUGCGGAUGCGGCGGUGGUGGCAGAAGACGAGGAGCAGGGCUUGCCGCAGGCGUGGCGGCGCUCCGGCGAGUCGUGCCCGGAGGGGACGAUACCGGUGCGGCGGACCACGGAACACGACCUGCUCAGGGCGAGCUCCCUGCGGCGGUUCGGUAUGAAGGCCCGGGGUGGCGGCGGCUUCGCGCGGCGCGACUCCACCGGCGGCGGCCAUGAGCACGCGGUGGGGUACGUGUCGGGCGGGCAUUUCUACGGCGCUAAGGCGAGCCUUAACGUGUGGCCGGCGCAGGUGGCGUCGCCGGCGGAGUUCAGCCUCUCGCAGAUCUGGGUCAUCUCCGGCGCCUUCGGCAACGACCUCAACACCAUCGAAGCUGGGUGGCAGGUAAGCCCUCAGCUGUACGGGGACAACAGUCCAAGGUUCUUCACAUACUGGACCAACGAUGCGUACCAGGAGACCGGUUGCUACAACCUGCACUGCUCGGGCUUCGUGCAGACGAGCAACCGGAUCGCCAUCGGAGCCGCCAUCUCGCCGAUCUCGGCCUACAAUGGCCGGCAGUUCGACAUCAACAUCCUGAUCUGGAAGGACCCGAAGCAGGGCCACUGGUGGCUGCAGCUGGGCUCCGGCGCGCUGGUGGGGUACUGGCCGUCGUCCCUGUUCACGCACCUGGGCGAGCGCGCCGACAUGGUGCAGUUCGGCGGCGAGGUGGUGAACGCGCGGCCCCCGGGCGCGCCGCACACGCCCACGCAGAUGGGCAGCGGCCGCUUCCCGGGCGAGGGCUACGCGCGCGCGGCCUACUUCCGCAACGCGCAGGUCGUCGACUGGGACAACAGCCUCGUCCCGGCCGCCGGGCUCCGGCUCCUCGCCGACCGGCCGGGAUGCUACGGCAUCGCCAGCGGCAGCGGCGGCGCCUGGGGCACUUACUUCUACUACGGCGGGCCCGGCAGGAACGCACGGUGCCCCUAGCUACAAACGGAACGGAAUGGCUGUUACGUUACGUGCGCAGUGAAGCACAAAACAACAGAUGCUGGUUCCAGCAAAAUAUAUAAGAAAUUAAAGCUUUGAUUUUUUUCUUCCACUGCUUGUAUCAUGCUGGCUCUCGUGAA